CGGGGGGGGGGGCCUGAGGGGGGGGGGUGUGUGUGUCUGUGGGGAGAAGGGAGGGGGCCGGGCCGGGCGGCCAUUACGCGCAGCGGGAGCAGGGCCUCGCGUCCCGGUUGUUGCCACCGUUAAGGCCGGCCCCGGGGCUUCGCGGGGCCUCAGCGCGGUGGGGCUCGGCCCGGCUCCCCCCCCGCCCUCCUCCGCCCCGCCCCGGCGGGGAGCGCCGGCGCCAUGGAGGAGAAAGGUUUCGCCAAGGAGCUGGAUCAGUGGAUCGAGCAGCUGAACGAGUGCCGGCAGCUGAGCGAGAGCCAGGUCCGCAGCCUCUGCGAGAAGGCUAAGGAAAUCCUUACGAAAGAAUCAAAUGUACAAGAGGUACGUUGCCCCGUCACUGUCUGUGGGGAUGUCCACGGUCAAUUCCACGACCUUAUGGAACUCUUUAGAAUUGGUGGAAAAUCACCAGACACAAAUUACCUGUUCAUGGGAGACUACGUGGACAGAGGCUAUUACUCGGUGGAAACGGUGACUCUUCUAGUAGCGUUGAAGGUGCGUUACCCAGAACGCAUUACAAUACUGAGGGGCAAUCAUGAAAGCAGACAAAUUACACAAGUGUAUGGCUUUUAUGACGAAUGUCUGCGAAAGUAUGGCAACGCCAAUGUCUGGAAGUAUUUCACAGAUCUGUUUGAUUAUCUUCCGCUUACAGCUCUAGUAGAUGGCCAGAUAUUCUGUCUCCACGGUGGCCUCUCUCCAUCCAUAGAUACACUGGAUCAUAUCAGGGCUCUGGACCGCCUGCAGGAAGUUCCACAUGAGGGUCCUAUGUGUGAUCUGUUAUGGUCGGAUCCAGAUGAUCGUGGUGGCUGGGGUAUAUCUCCACGUGGUGCUGGCUACACGUUUGGGCAAGAUAUUUCUGAAACAUUUAACCAUGCCAAUGGUCUCACACUGGUCUCCCGUGCUCACCAACUUGUCAUGGAGGGUUAUAAUUGGUGCCACGACCGAAAUGUGGUUACCAUUUUCAGUGCGCCCAAUUACUGUUACCGUUGUGGGAACCAGGCUGCUAUCAUGGAACUAGAUGACACUUUAAAAUAUUCCUUCCUCCAGUUUGACCCAGCACCUCGUCGUGGAGAGCCUCAUGUUACCCGUCGUACCCCAGACUACUUCCUAUAAACCUCUCCUAACCUUUGUAGAAGGAAGUACACCUGGCGUUUUAAAGAGCAACAAUAUUUACACGUUUCUGUAAGAAAUCAGGGUUCGUCUCAACUUUAAAAUCCCCAUCAUGGACCAAAAUGUGCCAUACAGAGGACAAAGAGCGUUCAGCACAACUUGAGACUGAAUUCCUUACAACACUAUAUAUAUAUAAAUAUGUAUCUCCUAUACCCAUCAGUCCAACGGUCAGUUUGCCUGCUGUAUUUGUAGUCAUUGUUUUUCUUCUGGACUGUUCAGAGAGGAAAAGGUAACUCUAAUAACACUUCCAUCUCCUUUGAUGCUUCUUUGUAAAUUUUUAGUUCUAGUGUUCAACUGGCAUGAAGUAGGGUUUAUUUCCGAGGGAAAUGCACACCGCUCUUUUAUUUUAUUGAAAGACCGAUCGACUUAACUGGAGAGAGGAGGCAAUUCCUGCUUGGGAGUACGUUGUCAUAACACGGAUAAAAAGCGUUCCCUUGUUAGCCCGGUUCCCCCAUCUGUGUUGGUCCCGCAUAUGAUUUUUUUUUUAUUUGUUUGUUUGUUUGUUUGUUUUCCUUUUCUUCCGUUCUUUUCCCUCUCCCCUCUGUAUAUUUGUCCUGGAAGUGCUUGCAAACCCUCCUCGCUGUACCCGAACCAAUAAACUCGCCAUGGUCAGCCCCAA